AUGGACUCGGCUUCCUCUGAGGCAAGCAUCAGGUACCGGUCUAUCAUCCACGUAAUUAAUGAGAGGAUUUUGCGCGAACGCAAAGCAUGUGGCCAGCCUCCCUUCAUAAAGCCCGCCGCCCCUCACCACCGUACCGUUGCCCUUCAAGUCGAGCUCGAGCACUGGUAUCAAAGAUACCAGGUUUCUACCGAGCCCCCCGUAGUUGCCUCCGUUCUCGAUCGUAUUGUAUCUCGCGAAGAAGCAGACCCGCCCGAAGGGCCCGACGCGCCCCACCUCACCUUCCAGUACAAGGGUGAGAUAGCUGUGUAUACCAGGGAAGUAUACGAGGUCUUUUCCGAUGAUCACGGUAUUACAUCGAUGCGUACUCCGCGACGCCUGCUGGCGGAAAACCCUGUGGAUUAUUCCAUCGGCAGCUUCAUCGUCAAGAGCCAUCUGGGCAUCGAGAUACCCUUUGAGAUCAGCUCCAUCCAGAGGUCAAGGGCGGGAAUCUCCAAAGCCAUCUCGGGCCAUCCAGUGUCCGCCGACAUCCUAUACUUUCGUAGUUCCGCAGCCUUGAAGAUGGUGAUUCUGAAGGAUGCGGAUGAGCACGUCGUCAUUUCUACACAUGCUGAACCGUUUUUCGCAAAAAACAACACCAUCACUAUACCGCAGGAGAACCCGAUUGUGGAUGUUCUAGGGUUUAUACUACGCACCCUCUCACAGACUGAUCCCACCCAGACGUGGGCGGUCAAGGUCGACAUUGCCCCCUACGCUUGCGAUGGUCGGGCAAUCACAGUGGGCAUAUGUGGCGGCACUCGUGUCUCUAACCCACACCUAGCUCUAGUGCCUCAAGGAGAGCAUUCUGCCGCUCCCGUCGUAGAUGACCGCUCUCUACAAACCUGAAGCAGAAGUUACAGGGAAAGAGGUGGCCGGUGAUUGUUUUCGUCGCUUAAGAGGGCUUUCAGGCCGUAGCCGAAGAGCCACUCACAGUUGGGCCUGCCCACAUAUUCUAUCCCGUGUCUCCUGACGAAGUGCAUCG